UGUGUCUCCAUUUUAAUUAGACGGAGACACUCAAUGGAGUUCAAUGAUUUCUUUGUCAGAGGACACAUCAGCCUCAGCCUAACAGGAGGGUCGGAUAGGAGCACAAGAGUUCAAAUCAGUGCGAGACGGACGGUGGACGGAGUCCAGCCGGAUUUGCUCAUUGCUCGCCACUCGUUGCUCGUUGCUCGUCUUUUGUUGUGCUCGCUUCUGAAGCUCGUCAUAGAUUUUACAUUGAUGGAGACUGUGUCGGAAUGCCAAUGGCAGACAGAUGCUUCAGUUUGGCAAUUGGACUCCAAUCUAUGAACUCCGUGAAACUUUACCACUUCAACCUGUGGCGAUCGACCUAGAGUGUGCGUGUGUACCUGUGCCUCUGAGAGCAUUGGAGAGUGCCCUCCCUUCUUCCUCCUUCUCCAGAUCCUGGAUGGACUCAGCUGAAGCUGCCUUUGGAGAGAGAGAAAGAAGGCCCACGUUUGUCAGGGAUGUCGCCAACCUCAUCAGAACGAGCCGGGAGUUCUUCUGAGAGUUGUGUGGUGCCAGUGUCCAAGUUGUGAUCAUACUGGAUAGAUGAGUGAAGUGACUGAAUGAACGAACGAACAUUGAUGGAUUUUCCUGUUCAAUUGGAGCAAUUGCCAACAACAUAAGAGAUAACGCUAAGAUCUACUAAGUGCGGUACAGUAAGAAAGAGUCCAUCGAAAGUGAGUGCAAUCGACCGAUAUUUAUGGACUCUGAACACGGCAUACUCCAUAGGUUUUAAAAGUGAAAUCCUGUAUUGCGCAUCCUGCCAAACGUCAGACAUAAACCGAUAACACGACAAGCCAACGAUCAUCGACAUUUCUCUCAUUUGUGGCCCAACUAAAAGCCGAAACAAUCACUUCUGAUGACCAAUCCCCUCUCAUCCGAUCAACACUCGAACAACACAAAGUGAGAAGAAAUUAUCCACUAAUCCUGGGGACUAGAACUGCACGUUUCCAGACUUUAGAUGCUCGUGUGAAAAGUGUCCAAACUCUCCCACAACCAUUCGUCUUUCUUGAUUUUAACGAUUCAUUUCAUUCAUCGGACAUACGGCUCGCUCAUGAACAAUCUCAGAUUGGACAUCUUUGGUGGAGGCCUGGGCGACGGGAGCAAAAUGAAACGUCUUUUCCCCAAUCGAAAAUCCAAGACAUCGCCGACCAUUGAGCAUCCCUCAGAGAUGACACAAUCUGGACACACUUUAGACCGAAUCGUCAAUGCCAAAGAGGAGGCUCGAAAAAAAUGGCUGGAGCAACAGGAGGACUUUGCUCGGAAACGUCAAGAGCACGAGAUGAAAAUGAUCGCCAUGGAGGAAGCUGAGGUUGCUCGACGUGAAGAGGAAGUCCGAAAGAGAAAUGACGAAUUGGACGAUCAAAAGAGGAAGAACAGGAUGGUCCAAGAAGCUGUGGCAGCUCAGAUCCGAACCUUGCAGGAAAAGUUGGAUGAGUACAAGAUCAAUCACAAGUCAGAAGAAGAAGCUCUGGAGGACGAAAUAACGACCCUUGAAGACACCCUCACCGACGUGAAGACUUCCUUGGAGAAACGGAAGUUCACCCUUCAAGAGGAAAUGAUGGCGGUGGCCACCGCCAACUCGCCCAGCUCCAUGGGAGCUCAUUCCAGCCUAUCUUCUUGCCACGCCCCCAGUGCCCCCACCCUCUCGUUGAACACCUCCGGUGACCACAUGUAUCCAACGCUGCCCGCUCAAGGGGGAUCCAGGUCCAGUGAGACAUUUACGGCCAAGCCCGUGGCCUCCCGAAGAAACAACUACGCUAAUUCCAGUGGAUCCAGCCCACAAAUGAGUCAGGCCUCCAGCUCUAGAAGUGCCACGCCCAAGACAGACUCCGAUUUUGAUGGCUCUGUUUGAAGAGGGCGUCCCAGUCCUCCAUCAAUUUCAGGGUGCCAAUCAAAAGAAAGACCAAAAACGGUGAAUGGUUGAUGAGGUCAAUGCUUCCAACUUCUUAGCGUGUGAUAUACCGUUUUCCCUAAAUUGAUGCAUGCUCUCGCGUCUUCCAUUUGUUACUUUUCCCCGUAAAGUAUGAGCCUAUAUGUUAAUGUGUAUAAUAAAGAUUCUUUUUAAAUACUUCAAA